UAUAGUGGCCGAGCAGACCGCGACACCAUAGACCGAUAUACCUACUAUCUCUUAAACGAGCCAGCCAGUUGUAUCGGGUAUCCUUCACACGGGCGGCAUCGGACCAACAUUGCAGGUGCAAUUGUUUUUCUCUCGUAUCUUUCGAUCGUAGUCGUCGUCGGACCGGACGAUUUGUUUUUCAGCGAACUUUUAGUGUUCUGUGAUUGCGACAUGGUGUGAGUUUCGAGUAGUAUAGAGCAGAUUUCGGCGUAGUGCACCGUUAAUAUCGUGGUACGUGACUAGUUUUGGAGGAAAUAAAAGACCGGAAAUGAAUAAUCGUCGGGAUUCCACAUGACGAGAUAUUUUUAAUUAGAGAAACGGUACGCCCGUCGUUUUUUUGCAAGCUGAGCUGUGGACUUUCGAGAGUGCAACGGCUAUUAAUGUGCAAUCGCGGACCGUAUCGGAGGGUUUAGUGCGUCUUCGCAGCAGUACUGACUGGAAAUAUGGGCCCCUUUUCCCUGGGGCCCAACGCCCCGCCUCGCAGUUGGUCGGUGAUCCUGCUUUUGUGCCGCUUUUGUCUGCCGCUAGGAGCGGAUUUCGUCAAAGGAUCCUUCAGAGGUCUUUAUACUACCGCACUCACAGAAGCACACGAAACAGUUCCCAUGAGAGUAGACCACAAUGGCGGCCACCUGUCAUACAACGUCACAACAUUUCACUCCCACCCCGACGAAUCAAUCAGAUUCAACGUCACAAUACUCGAACAAGACCAUCACUUGAUCCUCAAAGCCACGCAUGAUUUUCUAGCUCCCAACAUUAUUAUCGAAUGGAGGAAAAAAUAUAUGCACUUAAGGAGAAAACCCGGGCACCGAAGUCGGAACUGCCAUUUUCAGGGCAUGGUCCACGGACACCCUCAAAGCAGGGUUGCGUUGUCAACCUGCAAUGGAUUGGCGGGUAUGAUCCAAACCAACCACGGGAAAUAUUACCUGGAACCCGCCUACCAUCCCGACAAAUCCGUAGCCCCGGGACAUCCGCACUUGGUCUACAAACGGUCGGCCGUCUCGUCGAUGGUGACGAAGAAGAAACGUAAGAAAAAAAGGAAACGUCAGAGGGCCAACUGCGGCACCAGGGAACCAAAGCGAUGGACAGAGUUGGAAUGGAAAAGGCAGUUGGGCAAAGUGAAGGUGCAACAGAAAGCGCAUAAGCACAAACACAGGGUGCAAAUUUUAAACGUCAAACAAUCGCAAUUGAAAAAACUCAGGUAUAAGCAUAUCAGCCAGAGGGAGAAGCGGUCGGUGAGCAAACCACAAUACGUCGAAACCCUGUUGGUUGCCGAUUCCAGUAUGGUCGAUUUUCACCAGGAUGGUGACAUAGAAACAUACAUUCUCACCAUUAUGAAUAUGGUUUCCUCGUUUUAUCAAGACCCCAGUAUAGGCAACUACAUCAACGUAGUGGUGGUGAAAAUCAUUCUGAUUGACGAUGUUUCGGCUGAACCUGCCUUUGUGGCCACGACCAAUGCCGACACCACCCUGAAAAACUUUUGCAAGUGGCAAAGGUCCCUAAAUCCCGGUGACGAUUCGCAUCCGCAUCAUCAUGACGUCGCCAUACUUUUAACCAGGAAGGACAUUUGUGCCCGACAAGACACUCCGUGCGGCACCCUAGGAGUGGCACACAUCGGAGGCAUGUGCAAAGCUACGAGAAGUUGCAGCGUCAACGAAGACAACGGCAUAACUUCGGCCCAUACCAUCGCUCACGAAAUGGGACACAAUUUCGGAAUGUUGCACGACACGGAGAAGACUGGCUGCAAGCGCAGGCAAGGCAAUAAACUUCACAUAAUGACACCGAGCUUCGAGGCUGACACUGUAAGCGUCAGUUGGUCCAACUGCAGUAGACGAGAGAUCACCAACUUUUUGGACAAAGGCCUAGGCAAAUGUCUUCAGGAUAAGCCGGAAGAGAUAAAGGAAUACCCCGUGUUACCAGCCGGUGCAAUGUACAACGCUAACUACCAAUGCAGACUACAGUUCGGCACUUCGGAUGCUGUGGUGUGCUCGCCAAUGGACGAGAUUUGUGCCAGACUCUGGUGUCAAGUGAACGAAACAUGUACGACUUUGCUCAGACCGGCAGCGCCCGGAACCCACUGCGGCAAGCACAAGUGGUGCCAAGAGCAGAAAUGCGUCCCUAUAAUGGACCCCCCAACAGCAAUCGACGGCGGUUGGGGCGAAUGGAGUGCAUGGUCUGAGUGCUCUAGGACGUGCGGCUCUGGCGUCUCUAUUAUGCAAAGGGAAUGCGAUCAUCCGUCGCCGUCUGGAGGUGGAAAAUUCUGUGUAGGGGAAAGGAAGCGAUAUAAAAUCUGCAACACCGACCCUUGCCCUGAAGGACAGCCGACUUUUAGGGCGGUGCAGUGUUCAUGGCACAACAACCGAUCUUAUGAAGGAAAGAAAUACGAGUGGCAGCCAUAUUUCGAUCAGGGCGACCCCUGCCAGCUGUAUUGCAGCGAUGCCAAUGAAACCUUGAUAGUGCCCUGGGGCGACUACGCCGCUGACGGCACGCCCUGUAGUAUCGUGUCGCGCGACAUCUGCAUCUCGGGGAUUUGCAAGAAAGUAGGAUGUGAUUGGGUGGUAGACUCGACCGCUACGGAAGAUGACUGUGGCAUAUGCAACGGAGACGGCACCAGGUGCGACAUUGUCCGGGGCGAGUACAAGAAACAGAGCUCCACCCCUGGCUACGGCGAGGUCGUAGUCAUACCCAGUGGCGCGAGGAACAUCAGAGUCGAGGAGAAGAGUUAUUCGGAGAAUUACAUCGGGAUAGAGAGCGCGCUCAAGAAAAAAUUUUAUUUGAACGGCAAAAGACACAUCACACUUCCUGGCGAGUACAGCAUCGCGGGGACGCAAGCUUUGUACGAGAGGGAAAACCAUUUGGAGAAAAUCAGAAUUCCGGGGCCCAUCAAGGAACCAAUAGUCGUGUCGAUCUUCUUCAGGGGCAAAGUAUACAAUCCGGGUGUCACCUACAAGUAUUCCAUAUGGAAACCCGAGGUCACCAAACAGUUGAAGUACACCUGGAUACUGGACGAAUGGUCCCAGUGCUCGGCAACGUGUGGCGGCGGUACGCAAUACAGACUUCCGCAAUGUCAGGAAAGGACCAUUUCUCCCAUCGCCUCGGAGUUGGAGACGCCGAACUUCGUCGAAGGUGAGAUGUGCGACCCCAGAGACAAGCCCGACAAGCUUGUGCGGACCUGCAAUGACGAUCCGUGUCCUUCGAGGUGGUGGAUAGGUCCGUGGCAGGCCUGUCCUGUGACGUGCUCCGCCGGGAGGAAGAAGCCGAUGAAGAAGAGAAACGUCAUGUGCGUGGACGACCGGGAGACGGCGCUGCCAGAUCAAUUUUGCGACAAAAAUGUCAAACCCAUCGAAUACGAACCCUGCGCGAGGAUACUGCCUUGCGACGCAUACGAAUAGACGUGAUAUUCCGUGCCGAGUAGCAUAGAUAUCCGAUAGGAACCUUAGAAAGUGAUAUAAACUAACGAGGAAGAUGCCACGGCCGUCUUCAACCGCUUAUCAUAGGGCUAACUUUAAAAUGUACCCGUCGCACUGACGCGCUGUGGUCGCGAAAACACGACAAAAAGGCUUUUAUAAUAAACUCGUCAUAUAUAUUUUUUUAUUUUACCACCAUUAUACAGGGCAAACUAAAAAAGAGGUGGACUUAACGAACAGUUGGAGCCUAACAUAAAUAUUUUCUGUGGAUGGUUGUAUUUAUGUUAUUAAUUAUUAUUGGAUAUCAUUACAAACGUUAAAAUUCCAUACUCAGUACCACUUCACUAUUUCACAGGGUGAAUUAAACCAUAAAAAUGACCGUUUAACAUAUGAGCCGCAGUUGACCAAUAACAUUAUUGAAUAUACGCAUUCAUGCGUAAAGUUCAUUGGAUAAUUAAAAGGUUGAACGACAAAUAACUAAUCAAUAUGUGCUGUAAAAGGAAGUAUCUAUAUCACUUUUAUUAUGUUUAUUUAAAUUUAUCAAAAAAUAUUCCAUUCACUUUGACGUAUCGUAGCAAUAUAAAAUUGCAUGUUUGAGGUUAUGGUUGUCACUACAGAAGUAUCGAAGUAUCUGGUCACAUCCAGGGAAUACCAUAGCCUGCGCACUGCAAAUUUGCUUGGAGAUUCCAUACAGAUUCGCUGUAUUUAUUGUAUAUUUUACCUGUUUAGCUCUUGGGCUAAAUUAAACUGAUUUGAAGUAGUUACUUUUUCGAGCAAUCUUUACUGCACUCAAAUGUUUACACUAUUUAAUAGGAAUGACACGUCUGAUUCUGAAGUGACAAAAGAGUUGAUUCAAGAUAAAUAGCAGCAAUCCCUAUAUUUGAGUAUUAUUAGCGUGUUGAUUUUAACAUAACUCUUUUUAAGGAUUAUUAGAUUGUUGUUUGACAAAAAUAUGACACUCGAAACUAAGAACCAAUAAAUAGACUCAAAAAAUUAACAUCCGACUUCAUUGGAAAAAUAUUGAAUGGAAGCAGAUCAAUUUUUUUUAAUACAAUAAAAUUUAAAGGGACGACUUAAAAAAAUAACUAGAAACAAACAAUUAUAUACCAGCUGAAUUACAAAGAUAUAUUGCGCAAUAUGUAGAAGGUCACAUAACAAACAACAACUAUCAUGAAAAUUAGUUACAGGACGUUGAAACUAGCUUUGUAAAAACUGUCGUAACUUUAACAUAUGGUAUAACUCUUUUUGAGGUUUAUUAGAUUGUUGUUUUCCAAAAAGAUGACACUUGAAACUAAGAACCAAUAAAUUGACUCAAAAAUUAACAGCUGACUUCACUGGAAAAAUAUUGCAUGAAACAAAAGCGGAACAUUUUUUUUAAUUCAAUAAAAUUUAAAGGCACUACGUAAAAAACAACUGAAAACAAAAUAAUAUAUACUAGCUGAAUUACAAAACUAUAUUACGCAAUAUAUAGGGUGUCAUAACAAAGAACAGCUAUCAUGAAAAUUAGUUACAGGAAUUUAAAACUAGCUUUGUAAAAAUUACCGUAACUUUAACAUGUGGUAUAACUCUUUUUGAGGAUUAUCUAACAUAUGGUAUAACUCUUUUUGGGGAUUAUUAGAUUGUUAUUUGGCAAAAGGAUGACACUCGAAACUAAGGACCAACAAGUAGACUCAAAAAAUAUUACUAUUGGAAAAAUAUUGCGUGACAUUGAAGCGGAACAUUUUUUUUUUAAUUCGAUAAAAUUUAAAUGGACGACGUAAAAAAAAAACUGGAAACAAAAAAUGAUAUAGAAUCUAAACCACAACAAAAUGUAUACUAGCUGUCGAAUAACUUAUUUUCCGCCGCGCAACAAGGAACAAGAAAAUUAGUUACAGGGCGUUGAAGCUGUAUAAAUUUCAACAUGUCUAAACCUCGAUAUUGAACAACAAUUUUUUCUUGUGUGUGAAGUCUUUACAUAGGCUAAAAGAAAACGUUUUUCAGUUGGCCACUUUGGGAAAUACAAUGCAACCGCAUAAACAUUAGGCAAUUAAAAUUUCUGUUGCUGGUUGUUUCAUAUUCAUGCGCGCUAUGAAAAUAAAGACUUAAUAUUUAUGUUUGCUCCAUAGGAAGUGUUUGUGGCGAGAACUUAAUUUAUGUAUAUUUAGAGAAUUAUUUCUCCCAAAAUCUUUAACAUUGUAUUUUUUUAAUGAAAUUAGUAAAAUAAGACGCAUAUACUUAUUAUAAGGAUGUAAUCUAAUUAUUUAAUUUUAGAAAACAAAGGAUUCUAUGCUUGCCACUCCUGAAUAGUUUAGUAAUUUAGUAGUACCAUUUUAGGUACCUUACUAAUGUACAUAUCUGAAUCUUUAUCAAAGCUUCUAUCUAAAAUCGAAGGCAAAAAUGGCCGCAUACCGUUGUUUUUAGAAGAUUAAUACAGAAACCUCACUUUCGUUCCCAAAAAUCAAGAUGGGUAAAAUCGUUGGCUUUUAUCUUUACUUAGCAUCAAUUAGCCUAUUUGACGUUUAAUUUGGCCUUAAGUGCUAUUGUUAUAGAGUCGUUAUUAAUUUGAAAUUUGGACAAUAGAUUUAUUACUAGAGAUGCGCUGCUGAAGAAUGGCUACGAGUGUGUUUUAAGGUAAUAAAAAUCAGUAAAUGCUAUUUAGCUGAAGAUAUAUUUAUAUUUACCGAUAGGUGGUACUUGUAAUUUAACUGUAUUUGUAAUAUAUUUAUUCAAAAAAUAGCUAAUGAAACUAACGCGCAGACUAGUAAUCAUAAUACUUAUCGGAAGACUGAUUUAACAAUAAAUGAGAUAAUUAUUUUAACUUUGUAAAGUGGUUUGUACUAAUGUAUAU